AUGUAUGCCCACCAACCGAGCGGCGACUUCAUUCUCUCUCCUCCCGCCUCAUCCAUAGCCUCCACGACCACCUCCGCGACGCUCCCCCACCCACGGGACUCGCCUCUUCGACCCGGCGGCACAAAAGAAGGCACCUUCAUCCGCUACGUUGACCAAAAACUCCUACACAUUCAACGCCGGUUCGCCAAACGUACGACACCCUCCACCGCCUUCCUGUCCGACAUUGACCGCGAGAAAGCCGACGCUUGGGGCGACGUACGAGGCUACGCAACCAUGAAAGAGGCAUGUCGCGACUUUGAUGAGCUCAUUGGCGUGGUGUGGGUGAGCGGUACGAUGUCGUUGCAGGUCCCAUAUUUGAUCAGCAUAGCGUUGUUGGUCGGGAAUGUGGUGCAGGCUAUGCCGCCUACGCCGAGGAGUCUGUUUCGUACGUUGGGGAAGCUCGACCAUGCAUUUGCGAGUCUAUUGCAGGGAAGGGAUGUUGAGACAGGGGAAAGGUUGCCUGGGUUUGAGGGAAUUAGAGGCGUCAGUGGGACGGAGAAGGUCAGGAUAAGGAGUCUAGUAGAGAGGACGAGGGUCAAUAUUGUUGAGGCGUUCAAGAAGGGCGAGUUCGAGGUGGAGGACAAGGAGGAUAUGGAUGCGGACAGAAUGGACACGGAUACGGACGGGGAGCUGGUCCUCGAGGGAGGAGAAGACGAUGUGGAUGAGGAGGAAGACGACAGCUUCGACAUGCAGAUUGCGAGGGUCUAUGAUAAGACGGUGGUAGAGCUGGGUGACAGUCUGGAGCAGCCAAACAUCGGGAUCAUUACAGAGAGUAGGGCAUGGGGUGGUGGGUCGGGGAGUUGA